CCUGUGUGUUACUACCUUUGGCUUUCCUAGAAAUUGGUAGGUAGAUAGUACAUUGUUGUGUGUGUGUGUUUAAGAAUGAGAUUUGGAGAAGAAAAGAAUUUUUACCUAAUAAUAAAAUAUAGUGGUUAAUUUAUUACUUAUGUAUGCUUGAGAUUUAAUAGCCAAACAUUUAAAAAAAUUCAUGAAUGACUUGUGGUUUGCUUUGGCUUUCUGUAGUCAAUUUGCAAGUUGUAAACAAAGCUUUCUGAAAUUAAAAUAUUAAAUUGGUGGGGGAAAUUACUUUAAAUUUAUAAACAAGUGAACAUUUGCCCCUGUGUACACAAUAUUAAUGAUAUGACAUAAAUAAAAACUGUACAUUUUGCCAAAUUUGGGGUUAAAUGGUAUUUAUGUUCAUUAGAAAAAUACUCAUAAUUUAAUCUCUGAAGUAUCCUCUUAAGAUAAUUCACCUUGUCAUUGACACCAUUAUUGCAUAUUCAUUGUGAUUGCUAUGCAACUGGAAUUUAUUUUUUUCUUUUAAUGGCUUGCUUUUCUUGGGGGGUGGGAUGUGUAAUUGAAUGGAAAGUAAUUUUCCAAAGCUUCCAUCAAGGAAAUAGUUGUGGAAGAUGGGAACAAGUCCAAAAGCCUUAUAGUUAUUAAAUUAAUUUAAGACUUAACCUGCUUUAAGAGCUAAUUAUUACCAAUACUUACUUUUUAGUUAUUUCCGUUUACAGAGCCAUUCACAUAUAAUAGGCUGUGCUGAAUUUGACAGUUCUGGUGUGUAGUUAACUUUUAUUUAGAGUACACACUGUGGUGUGUGUACAUUUAUUUUAGAAUAGGUUAUUGUAAUUUAAAUGUCCUUAAAGUAUGUUUUCCCUGGUGGAUGGUGGUAACUGUUGUACAAUGUAAAAAAUCUACCUGGAACAAUUUAAGGAGCUUUCAUAUGUAAUGUUUUAAAGCCUCUUUUAGAAACCAGGCUAAUAUUAAAAUAACUUGAUAUAUGGUACACAGUGCUGCACUUUUAAAGUUUGAUGCUUAUUUCAGAAUGCCUAUUCUGGGAUGUCAAUAACAUUACAGUUAGAUACAGUAGGUACCAUUCUUUUGGUUUUGAAGUCCCAGAAUAGGACAUUCUGGAUUUUUUCUCAGAUGAAUUUGAAAGUAUUUUUCCCAUGCCUGGGGAAAGGUAGAAUAAAAAUGGAUUAAAGUUAAUUAUUUGCUGUAUCUGUCCUUAUCUAUUGAUCUGUAAGGGGACAGUGAGCCCAGAAUUGGAGAGCAAGGUGAGAAAAGAGCUGGUAAAUGGUUUAGUUCUGCAUACCAAGUUCAUACCAGUUUCACACCAGGUAAACUGCAUGGGAAAAAAAUCAGAAGUUUUAUUAAAUGGGAAUAUUAACCAUAGAAAACUCUGCUACCAGUAGUGCAGGAUCUUGUAUUAUGUUAGCUUACUGAAUUGGAAGGAAGAAUUUUUGAUCAGUGUUGCUUUGUUGGAACCUUGCUAUAUUUCCAUAGAAUUUUUCAUAGAUUUGAGAAGCCCAUACUGUGAUUUGUCUUAAGUGUUCAAGGUUAUGGGCAUGUAGAGCUUCUCUUUUUUGUCUGUUUUACUUAAUAGAGCUUAAUAAAUACACAUUUUAUAAUAGCUCUUAAAUAUUUUUAAUAUUACCACUUUGAGACAGUUUCUCUGGUUUUGAACAUGAAAGUUUAAGCACAUUUUUAUUGCAGUUUAGUUGUAAGUAUUUUAGAACACUGAUAAAAUAAUUGCUAUUAGAGAAACAUUCAGAUACACAUUUUUCAUUAGUUUAACUAAAUACCACCGAAUAACCUUUUAGAAUCUGAGGAGUGUUACAGUGAGCUGUAAAGAUCUGAUUAUGCACCGCAAGCAAAGUAAUAAUGUGUUAUUAUACUAAAAAAGAUAGCAAAGUGAGUUUGAAAUAAACCAAAGGAAAGAGUUCCAGUGGAGUAAGUUCUUUUAGAGGAAGAUGGGGUGCUGUAAGCAUUCUUCUAUUUACUUCACUGGUUGCAUUCUUUCUUUGAUGUUAUAGAAACAGCAUUGUGAAAGAUACGAGAAAACCAUAGAAACAGUUUUAAGAAAAGUUUUUUCAUUUUCUUUCAAUUUGCUGUUUUUGUAAUGCAGUUUUGUAACAAGAUCCUAAGCUGUAUAAGUAAUGUUUGAUGUGUAAGAGUUUCAUGCGUAUUAAGCAUUAGCUAUUGUUAAUAAAACAUGCCAUUUCAAAAUAAAAUAUGCUUUCAUUAUACUUGUCCAGAUAUGACCUCUUUUUGUUGUUGCGUGCAUCUCAGAUUUCUUUUUUAUAAAUGUUAACACUUAGAAAAAGAUAAGGUCAAACAUAACAAGGGUGUCAAGCCUAAUCAUCAGUCGUAACUUUAUGUCCACAUUUUCUGGUAGAUGGAUUUUGACUAUUAAUUUGGUUUUGUAUGUUUUCUCUAUGUGAUAUUUGUGCAUUAUUAGAUGACUAGACUGGCCAAGGCAGACCUGUUACACUUGCCUGAGUUAGGCAUUGUUUGCCAUGCCACUAAACCUGCCGUCAAGUGAAACCUUCAUUGGGGAAAUGAGAUCGGAGUCUGAACCGCAGAAGAUGGACGCCCUGUCUCUGUUUUUUAUUGUUUUACUUUAAUUUCAUUUCUUUUUCUUUAUUUUGUCCCUUUUUUUGUUUUUGUUUUUGUUUUUGUUUUGUUAAAUCUCUUUCACUUUAACUUGUGAGCUGGUUUUCCAGUUCUUUGUAAAUGGUAUUCCAUUAAGGGUUCAUAACAUUGCUUUGCAGAUUAUAUUGGGAGAUGAUUAGCAGAGCUCAAUCUUAGAGUGAAAUAAAUUUUCAUAGUAAACCUAGGAUACAGUGUUGUGAAGCUCAGUGUGAGUCUUAAUUGGUGUUUAUAGACUGCAUAGUACAUUUUGUUCUCGAAACACUAAAACACUGUUAGAAUUCUUAGGAACAUUUCCUGACCUCAUUGCAACAUUUCAGAUUUUUCUCCCAAAUCUACAUCUUUCAUAAAAACCAAUUAACAGCUUCUAAUUUUCACCCCCCCCCCCCCCAGAAUUGUAGACAUACAGAAUCCUCAAGGAAAAUAAGUAAAUUUUUUAGAAUAAUCUAGGGAUAGAGGACAAGCAGAGACAUUCACUUUUUUGAUUUAUUUACUACAGAAAGAACUUAUUUCCUUGACUUACAAAGACUUUUACUUGCCUGUGUGGGGAAUGGAUAUUGGACAAACUUUGAAAACUUAACUUGGCAUGUGUAUUUCUCUGCUUGAAUUUUUUGAAAAAAUUUCAGGUGUUACUAGCUUCUAAAUGGAUUCUGAGAUUAGGACUAUUAAUACUCUGAGAUGUUUUUCCUCUCAGUUGUCUUUGAGGAGUAUAGUUUGGGAAAAAUGCUAAAUGCUUGUUUGUUUUAUAUUUUUAUAUACUCUGGUAGUAUUUGGAGGAUAAAUUUGAUAGAAUCCUGUCUUGGGAGUUAAGCAAUGGAACUUUUUUCUUAAGAUGUCUUUAAUGGUAAUUAAAAUAAAAAAUGUGCUUACAGUUAGACUUAAUAUUUAUAAUAGUUUAUUACUACUAUGAGAGGUAGUGAGAGUCAGAUAACUGAUUGAUACUUUCUUUAAGCCAAAAGUGAAAGUAUGAUAUUAAUUACUCAUCUUUUGGCCUGUGUUGAAUACUUUUUAUUUUGUGUAGUCUUUCUACACUGUCUUUUAUGGGCAGUUUUGCUUACUUAAUUGACAAGUAAUCUUAAAUUGGGGACAUUAAUAAAUUGAAACAAUUAGUUUGUUUUUUGGGUACAUAAAUUAGGGUGACAAAGCAUAAGAUUUAUGCUACAGGACCUCAGUCGAAUUUAUCAAGAUGUGUUCAGGUUUUAUAAGCAUUAAAAAUAAUACCUAUUUAUAACAGUUAAAAUGGGUCUGGUAGCAAUCUAAAUAGCUUAGUAUAUAUAGGUGGGUAUAUAGAUACAUGUAUUAAUACCAGUAACUAAUAAAUAUAAAAUAAAUUGUUAUUUGAUGUCUUCAGUAAGGCCUACCUACCUUUUAUUUAUGCAUGUUAAAAAAUCUGUGCUUGUGCAGAAUUUACACUGAAAUAAUAAAAUAACUGUUUUUGAAAUCAGUAAAUUAAUGUAGACUUAGAUGUUGCAAAAUUUAGGAAAAAGUAGACAUUUGUUAAAGCUAAUCAAAUGUAAUUUUUCUGUUCCUAUAAAUAAGGUGUAACCAUUAUUUAAAGCAAAAUUUAAAAGCUGUCUUGAAUUCCAUCCAUGUUUAGAGGUAUAUUCAGAUAAUAUUGUUUAGAGAUUUAUCCCUCCACAUCUGGUUGUUUUAAGUAGAAUUUUUACUUCUAAAAUCCAGCAUGGUGCUUUUGAAAACUUACUCCAUAUGCUAUUUCCAAUUUAGUGUGACUUUCUACAGUGUGUUUUAAAUUAUUUUUGAGGACUCCAUAAUGGAAAUAGAUAGCCAACUACAUAUAACUAUAAGUAGUUCUUCCAAAAUAGAUAUACGUAGUCAACUUUCUAAGAGAUAAUUUUAGCGGUGUCAGUAAGAAAGAGAGGACACAAAGGGAAAAUGUGUGAAAGUUGCAGUUCAUAUCAAAAUUAAUUGAUAAGAGUCUAGUAAUUAAAAGGCAGAUUGAUGAACUUUAGAAUAAAUUUUUCAUUUUUUAGUUGUAAGGAUUUUUUUUCUUUUUAGUGUCUAAGAUUAUUUUAGUGUUACUGUCAUUUUUAUUAGGCAGUUAAGAUGUUUAUAAGCAAGACAUUUAGGCAUUAACCCCCUUCUUCAGAUAAGUAUACAUAAAUUGGUUCUAAAAGUCAGGACUUUAAGAAGUUUCCUGAGACAAGGGAACUUUUUUUGUUAGUGAUUCUCAAAAAUUUUAGUAGUUUCACAAGGCAUAGUUUUUGGAAUUGGAUUCUUUUAGGCAUCUCUGACCUGGUUGGUGAGAUGUCUUUUUAACCGGCUGGGUGUAGGCAUCCUUUAAAUUGAAGCUGAUUACAUGGAGUAGGCUUUUGGUUUUUUUCUGUCUACUUGAAAUUGAAUGGAAUUUAUUGGAAGGUUAUCAAAACUGUUUGCAUCACCAGUAGGUAGUUUUAGUAACCAGGAGCACUCAUUAAGGAACAAAUUUCAAUUCGCACAUAUUUGUUUUUUCUUUUUCUUUUUUUUGACUAAUUUGGUUAUUUGCCAUUUCUGGGGAUUAAACUUUAAAAAAUGUUCUUCUUUUCUGUAUCUGAUGUUCUGUGUGCUAUUAGUGAUGCAGCCAACACGAACGGUUGUCAUGUGUAACACAACUUUCGAUCACCGCGAAAACACCGUCCUGGGAAAGCGUCCAUGCUUGAUAUCGUUUGGUUCAUGAACAUUAAGUUUCCAGUACAGGUAAAAUUCCAGAGGAAUCCAAAGCCCUCUCUUUAUUGGCUCCUGCUCCAACCAUGACAAGUCUAAUGCCUGGUGCAGGCUUGCUUCCCAUACCGACCCCAAAUCCCCUGACUACAUUGGGUGUUUCCCUUAGCAGUUUGGGAGCCAUACCAGCAGCAGCACUAGACCCCAACAUUGCAACACUUGGAGAAAUACCACAGCCACCACUUAUGGGAAAUGUGGAUCCUUCCAAAAUUGAUGAAAUUAGGAGAACAGUCUAUGUUGGCAAUUUGAAUUCCCAGACAACGACAGCUGAUCAGCUACUUGAAUUUUUUAAACAAGUUGGAGAAGUGAAGUUUGUGCGGAUGGCAGGUGAUGAGACUCAGCCAACUCGGUUUGCUUUUGUGGAAUUUGCAGACCAAAAUUCUGUACCAAGGGCCCUUGCUUUUAAUGGAGUUAUGUUUGGAGACAGGCCACUGAAAAUUAAUCACUCCAACAAUGCAAUAGUAAAACCCCCUGAGAUGACACCUCAGGCUGCAGCUAAGGAGUUAGAAGAAGUAAUGAAGCGAGUACGAGAGGCUCAGUCCUUUAUCUCAGCAGCCAUUGAACCAGAGUCUGGAAAGAGCAAUGAAAGAAAAGGCGGUCGAUCUCGUUCCCACACUCGUUCAAAAUCCAGGUCUAGCUCAAAAUCCCAUUCUAGACGAAAAAGAUCACAGUCAAAACACAGGAGUAGAUCCCAUAAUAGAUCACGUUCAAGACAAAAAGACAGACGUAGAUCUAAGAGCCCACAUAAAAAACGCUCUAAAUCAAGGGAGAGACGGAAGUCAAGGAGUCGUUCGCGUUCACGGGACAAGAGAAAAGACACCCGAGAAAAGAUCAAGGAAAAGGAAAGAGUGAAAGAAAAAGAUAGAGAAAAGGAAAGGGAAAAAGAGAGAGACAGGGAGAAGGAACGUGAAAAAGAAAAGGAACGGGGUAAAAACAAAGAGAAAGACCGGGAUAAAGAACGGGAAAAGGACCGGGAUAAAGACAAGGAAAAGGACAGAGAGAGAGAGCGGGAGAAAGAACAUGACAAGGAGCGAGACAAGGAAAAGGAACAGGACAAAGAAAAGGAACGAGACAAGGACAGAUCGAAAGAGAUAGAUGAGAAAAGAAAGAAGGAUAAAAAAUCCAGAACACCACCCAGAAGUUACAAUGCAUCAAGAAGAUCUCGUAGUUCCAGCAGGGAAAGGCGUAGGAGGAGGAGCAGGAGUUCUUCCAGAUCACCAAGAACAUCAAAAACUAUAAAAAGGAAAUCUUCUAGAUCUCCAUCCCCUAGGAGCAGAAAUAAGAAGGAUAAAAAGAGAGAAAAAGAAAGGGACCACAUUAGUGAAAGAAGAGAGAGAGAACGUUCAAGCUCUACAAGAAAGAGUUCUAAUGACCGAGAUGGAAAGGAAAAGUUGGAGAAGAACAAUACUUCACUUAAAGAGAAGGAACACAAUAAAGAACCAGAUUCAAGCGUGGGCAAAGAAGUAGAUGACAAGGAUGCACCAAGGACUGAGGAAAACAAAGUACAGCAAAAUGGGAAUUGUCAGCCAAAUGAAGAAAACCUCUCUACCAAAACAGAAGCAGUAUAGGACUGACAAAUGCACCUCUGAACACAUGCUGGAAUAAAAUCCAAAGCUUUUGAUUCUCUCGACAAGAUGUUAAACAGUGAAGAAAUCCAGUUGAGCAUAAAGAUACAGACUAACAGCUUUUCUAGUUGUUAGGUGACUUUGUGGCCAUCUUGUUACGGAGUAAGAAAAUAAAGCAUGGACAUCGUGAAAAUAACACGUGUUACCCAAACUCAUCUUCUAGAAUCUGUGCAUUUCCAUGGUGGCUGACACACUUGUCAUGUGGUUUGUUAGUGUUUGCCGAACUAUUACAAAUAAAUGGGACAUCAAAAAUCCAAAUUUGUACUAUCCGUAAAGACUGGAGAUAAGCAUUGGAGGUUCUUUUAAAAAAUGGUAGUUGCUGAAUUUUGUAUUGUUUUACUUUUUUUUUCUUUUUAAAUUUCAGUAUAUACAGAUUUGAUGAUGUGCUUGAAAUCGGUGCAAAUAUAUACACACCCUUGUAAGUGCAGAGUAUGUAAGAAGUUUUAAACAUUUACUUCACAGGAUUUAUGGUGAUUGUGUUAAAUUCUCACUAUUGUGUUUUCUUUUGCUCACUGUUUAGGACAACAGUUUUUGUUUUUGUUAAAAUAGUUUUACAGACUAAAAUUGCUUAACUAAGUGGUUUAACAAACAACUGACAAUGCAUGCUCCUGUUCUCUUUCAAAAGGAAGAGCACCCAUGUCGAAUACUAAUAAUAAUGUAUUAGUAUUCGGUUUUAGAGUCAUUGGGUCUCCCCACAAAGUAAGCAUUUCUUUUUGAACUUUGUUGACAUUUCCAAGCUUAUUAGGAAUAACAUUGCAGUGUGUGUUGUCCGCUGUGGGUGGCAAAGGUGCCGUUAUGAAAAGAAAACUGGGUUUUCAAAAUGGGCUAUGGGAGCACAAGCUGAAGCUUUAGUGCCUUCUACAAUGUGGUAUGCUGUUUUCUAGAAUUUUAUAUGUGCUAGUCAUUCUCAGUUCAUAGGGAAUGUAGAUGGAUAUUCCAUUCACUCCCAGAGAGAAGUGUGCAAGUGGUAUGUCAGAAGAGCUUCUUACAUAGUUCACCUAACAUGAGGGAAGUCCUGUUUUCAAGAAUGACUUUAGAGCUUAAAACAACCAUGCAGUUUUGGGACCAUCAGUUUUAUACUGUGAUAAUUGAAAAUGAAGCAUGUUCUUACUUGACUUAAAUCAAAGCAAACACUUUCGUUGUCUCCAUUGGAUGGCCUUAAUUAUUACCUCUUAAUUAUCUUCUCAUAAAUGAUGUGCAGAAAUUCUAUGUAAAGGAGAACACAUGAGGUUAUUUGUUUUAAGGAUAUGUUUACUUGAGUUUAAAAUAUAGGUCAUCCGUUACUCUUAGGCUCACUUUCUGCAGGAAGUAACAAGUAGUAAAAUGACAACAUUGCUAAUAUUUUCCCCCAAAGCCAUAACUCAUAGUUUCAGAAAUCUUUUCAUUAUUGUUUUGUUUCCCCAAAGUUACACCUUUUAAUUAGCAUGUUAUUAAAAAAAUCAAGUAUAAUUAUUUUAAUGCAGUCUAAUACAAUCAGAUUACUCCGUUGCCUUACCUCAUGGGAAGAAUUACUUAUAGAUUUAAAAAGCUGAGUAGCUCAUCAGUUACUUGGUUUCAACUUGAGUUUUCUUUUAAUGUUAAUACUAUUGAAACUUAAGUAUUUGGUAGAGAAUGGAAAGAAUUGCCCUUAUUGCAAUGAAGCCUGGUUUGAUUAUGAAGCUGCUUAAUUACUCUUUCAUGUGUUCAGAAUUACUGUGUUUUUUUUUUUCCUUUUUGUCACUGUGUACAUUAAAAUUUUUGAAAAUGCUUUACUAUGUAAAGUAUAGAUGGUCAUUUUAAUCAUUCAACCACAUAAGGUUGGCUGGUAAACAGCUUAUUCUGAUACAAGAAUGCUUGGGUGCAUAUGGAAAGAUUGUGAAGGAGUGUGUGUCUUGCAUCAACAAUUGUCUUAUUUAUAAUAUGUAAGUAGAAUAGAGCAAAUGUUUGAAUCUUUGUUAUUUUUAGUACCAUUUCUCUAAUAAAGCUAAGUAUUUUAGAGGAAAGUAUUUGUUUAUGCAUUUCAAAACAGCAUCUUAGUUUAUCAUGUUUUAGUUGGCAUAGAGAUUGUUUCGACAUGAAGAAUGAAUGUGUGGUGUCUAUAAAACAAUCAUUUAAAGUUUGAGUUAUUUCUUGUACUCUGGACUCUUAAUGUUUUCUGUGUUGGCAGUUAACACACUUAAUUUGGUUCUUGCUGCUAAUUAUUUUUCCUGUUGGUGAUAUUCAGCUUUAAAAUGAUACUUCUUUUGAAAGACUGAUAUAUGAAAGUUGGACCUGGAUAGGAAUACAAGAGAUCCAGACGAAGUGAAAAAAUGUUCUUAAAUGGGCUUAUGGAAGCAAAGCUUUUUAGGGCCUGGAGGUAUUGGAGUGAGUGUGAGUAUGCGUGUGUGUGUGUGUGAGAGAGAGAGAUUGAGAGAGACAGAUCGAGAGAGAGAGAGAGAGAGAGAGAGAGAAAGACAUAUUUUUUCUUUGUUCACUUAUAGGAGCCUGGUAGGUUUCCAUUUAUUUGUUAUUUUCUUUUAAGGCAUUUUGUUUUUUUCUUUAAGGCUAUUCUUUUUCAACCCAGGUAGAUGUCAGGAAAACUUGAGGUAAGGCAAAGAAGAUAGCCAUUUUAUAUGUGAUCCCUUUAUAAUUAUUUUUUUUAGCUUGAUUAUACAGAGAGUACAUUCUGUUCCUUAAUUGUGUUGCUAUUCAUCAUUUUAGACAAAUUCUGUUGAUCCUCUUGUUCUUUCUUUUCAGCAAUGCAUAAUGAAUUAUUUAUAUUAAGAUGGGCCUUCAUAAUAAGCUGGCUAGUUUCAUAUGUGAAAACAAGUAUAAAUCCUUAACUUCUGCAAUUGUCUCAUUAUUCUCAAUCAAAUCUAACUAAUUUAUAAUUGCAAACACUAAUCAGCUUGUGAUUUUGUUCAGAUUUCUUAUAUUCAGGAGGUUAGUCUAUAUAUGCUAUGUUGAUCUUCAGAAAUGUCAGAGACUUAAAUUUUGAAA